AUGGCGACAGGAAGCCACAUGCAUAAUCUCACCACCCUUAUCAAGCGGUUGGAAGCCGCAACCUCCCGCUUGGAGGAUAUGGCUAUGUCACUGGAUGACCCCAACUCGCCCAAGACCAUAGCCCCCCCUGCUGUGCCUGAAGCUGCUACUCCUGAGCCUCCCAAGUCAGCUCCCGCUGCGGCUCCCGCGCCGCCUCCCAUCCCGCCGCAAAUCCAGGACUUUGACACCCUGAUUAACGAGGAUGUCCGAAACUUUGUGGAACUGGGCCAGAAGAUCAAUGGCUUGGUCGGAGAACAGUCCAAGGUAGUCCUUCAAGCCUUCGAAGCCGAGCGUACCUACCUCCUUGUGUCCACGAAAGCUAGAAAGCCCGAGCAGCAGCCCCCGGAGCUCAUGACGGGCCUUCACAAUGCUUCGGACAGCAUUAACAACAUCCGCGAGUCGAACAGAGCUUCUCCUCUCUUCAACCACUUCAGCGCAGUCGCGGAGGGUAUUGUUGCCCUGGGCUGGUUCUUCGCAGACAAGCCCGCCGAUUUCGUCACUGAGAUGGCUGGCGGUGUCGAAUACUACGGAAACAAGGUCCUGAAGGAAUACAAGGAGAAGGACCGUACCCACGUCCAGUAUAUCCAGGCCUACUACCAGAUCUACAAGUCCCUCGCCGCAUACCUGAAGAAGCACUACCCUAAGGGCCUGACCUGGAACGACAAGGAUGGAAUUGACGCCCAAGAAGCUCUUAGACAGGUCAAGGCCGGUAGCUCUGGCCCUGCUGCCGGCGGUGCUGCUCCUCCUCCCCCGCCACCCCCUCCAGUUCCGACCCUGAACGUUCCUGGCGGUGUUCCUCCCCCUCCUCCCCCGCCGCCCGGCGUUCCUCCUCCGCCUGCAGCAGCCCCAGCUGCACCAGACAUGUCAGCUGUCUUCGACCAGCUGAACCAAGGUGAAUCCGUCACCGCUGGCCUUCGGAAGGUCGACAAAUCCCAGAUGACGCACAAGAACCCCAACCUUCGCGCCAGCUCCAUGGUUCCCGAUAGCCCAACCUCCGGAGGCAGCGCCGUUCGGGGCAAGUCGCCUGCGCCGAGCAAGAAGCCCAAGCCUGAGAGCAUGCGCGCUCGCAAGCCGCCGCGCAAGGAUCUGGAGGGCAGCAAAUGGUUCAUCGAGAACUUCGACAACCCCGGCGAGAUCGUUGAGAUCAACGCGCAGCAGAACCACUCUAUCCUCAUCUCGCGCUGCAACAAGACUAUCAUCAAGAUCAACAACAAGGCCAACGCCAUCUCCAUCGACAACUGCACCGGCCUCUCCCUCAUCGUCGACUCGCUCGUCAGCAGCCUUGACGUCAUCAAGUCCCCCAAGUUCGCCCUCCAAAUAGACGGUGUCGUCCCCACCCUCCUCCUGGACCAGGUCGAUGGCGCUACCGUCUACCUGGGCCAGCAGAGCCUGGCCACCGAGGUCUUCUCCAGCAAGUGCACUGCAGUCAACAUCAUGCUCCCCCCUAAGGAGGGAACCGACGAUGAUACCAAGGAAUGCCCCAUUCCCGAGCAGAUCAAGACAUACGUGAAGAACGGCGUUCUGGUCAACGAGAUCGUUGAGCACGCUGGUUAG